GUUCAAUGUUAUGCAGUACAUUAUUGUAUAUAACGUAUGAUGAUAAUAAAGUAACUAUUAGUUUAAUCAGAACUAUUCUAUUGAUAGGCCUAAUACUGUGUUUGCAUACUGCAUUUAGCAUUGAUUACACAUCUGAAUAUAUACUAUUUUAUUACAUUUUUUUUGCAUAUUGAUGUGAAAUAUAUCUGGUAUUUCCACAGUGAAGAAUAAUAAGCUAAACACGGGUCAGUUUAGUCAAAACUCGAAAUAAAAAAGAAACGGUUUUUUUUUACAUUUAAUAUCAGAAUAUCUUUCACUUUUAAAUGCCGUAUCUUACAAGUUCACUUGUGGCUAUGCCACUCGUGAAACUAUUGUAUCUUGUGUUCAUUUGUGAAAGAUAUUUCAGUCCUACACUGAUAACACAAAUAUCCUCUAUAUUUUACUAUAACAUUCUGGAUAUUAUACCGAUUAUAAAGGGACGACCGUUGAAAAAGGGGACGUAUUGGAACAGAUAUUCGACUUAGCAAAGUCCAUCGGAGAAUUAUGAAAUGUUCAGAAGUAACGCACGAUUAAUAGUAGAUUUAUUUCUUGAACAAGUGAAUAUCAAUCCUCCCUAGCAUUACUUAACAUUUCCCCAGAAGGAUCAUGAGAAUAAACAAACCGCAAUGUUUAGAAGAGCGCUUAGCGUCCUUGGGAUUAUGGCAACACAGUGAGAAACAUAGAUUCAAUCUAUCGGAAUUUGCAAGAGCUGGAUUUUUCUUUGAGCAUUCGUUUGAUAUCCACGACGAUCCUGGAAGGCUGAGGUGUGCAUAUUGCCCAGCUGUCAUCGGAAAUUGGCAGUCAGAAGAUGAUCCGUGGACAGAACAUGCUCUCUCUGUUGACCAUUGCCCGCAUGUGACACGACAUAAAGGAGAGGAAUUCGUUGAAAGAGUAAAGAAAGAGGAAAAUGAAUUGUCAAGGAUAGCAGAUUACUUGGGGGAUAUCAUAAAUCCAGAUGAAACGAACUGUGAACUACAGUUUGAACAAACUAGUAUUGAUUUGUUUGGUAUACCUACGACUGCUAUGCGCAGCGAACAAAAGGUCAGCAGCAACAUGAAUUGCGGACAACCACUUGGAGGGACAGGAGGCAACCCCUGUCACCAACACAGAUAUGAUGGAACUGGAAAACGUACAAGGCAAAAGCAGAGCGUUUCCGACCGGAACAUGGACAGCAAAGAAGCACGUUUAACAUCAUUUGAUCACGUCAGACACUUGAUAGAAAACGAUGGACUUCUGAACCAAAUAGCCGAAUCGGGAUUUUAUUUUGAAGGGAUAAAUGAGGGCGGUAUAAAGGUCAGAUGUUACAGCUGCGGGUGCGCUUUAUAUGAUAUCAGUGAUGAUGACGACUUGUGGAGUGUGCAUGCACAAAUGGCCAAUUGUGAACAUGUCAUGACCAGAAAAGGCCAAGAUUUCAUACUUCAAGCGCAUGCAACAGACACGGGAUGCAACCAAGAAGCAAUACCUUUAUCUGAAUAUCAGACUAAAAAGUGGAAACUUUGCGAGAUCACGGUAAACAGUUAUGAAACAGGUAUUUCGAAGAAACCGCGUACCCAACGAUCAGUGCCAAUUAACGGACACCGCACGGAACAAUCGUGCACUCAGAGAUCGGAACAGAGAAGGGAACCAGAUACUAAGAAACGGCACGCCCAUCGAUCAGUGCAGACAGAAGAGAAUGACUCCAAGAGACAGUUUACUCGUCGACCAGAGCCGAGCAAGGAAAGCGAAUCGAAGAAACUGUGUACUAAUCAAUCAGUGUCGUGCAAAAAGCAUGACAAUAAGAAACUGUGCACUCAGCACAACAAGCAUGACGCCAAGACUCUUAGCACUCAGCGAUCAGUGCCGAACAAGAAGCAUGACGUCAAGAAACUGUGCACUCAGCGGUCAACGCCGAAUAAGGAACACUCUUGUAAAAAUGCAUCAGGCUGCAAGCGGAGGCCGCGAUUCUAUUGUUACAAUGGACGUUGGUGUCUCAUAAAAUGGCGUCCUUUAGUCACAUGUAGGCCUUCUUGCGGACAACAUGACAACGAUCUUGGACCUGGGCUCUCUGGUGGGGACAUUCAUCGAGGACCAAACGCCAAUGGAAUUGUUUUUCUUUGUUGCCAUCUUAAGUUGUAUAGGCGCAAUGGCGGAGAAGGUCCGUGUCCAAACUGUUUGCAGGACAAACAUGUUAGAUCGUGCUGAGCAAUGUAUACCACGAAAUGUGAAUUAGUCAAUAUAUUUACAUGUAUAUAAUUUGAUUUUAUUUCAUGAUGACAAAAUAACGUAAUGUUUACAACUUUUAUAUUUGAAUUUGCUUUGUGUUUGAUAUCAAAUAUUUGUUAAUAUAAUCUUAUAAUGUAUGCAGUAGUAUACAAAUAAACAUAAGUAAACGAAUUCCAAGUUAAAACAAAAUACAUUUGCCUACUUUGAAAACACAGAACUUUGACAUAUUGAAGUGUUGUUUCAUAUUUUCGAAAUAAUAAAUUUAUAAGAAUA